AUGACGAAUAUUAUCAACAAAGCAUCGGCAAUGAUUUAUAGCAGGCUUACUGACUUAUGUCUCGAUUCAAUAUUACCUUCAAGGGCUUCGUCUGCUUCCAUUCUCGGCGGAAGAUAUACAAAUCUUCUAAGAGUAUGGCUCAGUGAUCCAUGGAAAGAUUACGAGGCUAUAAUGCCUACUACAGACGAAGGUUCCAUCUUAGCUUGUCGCAAUGGAACCUACUUCCUGAAAGUGAAUAUCGGGGUUUACGAAGGAAAGAAUACUGAGCUUUUGCUUCGAGCAUUGUCCAAAAUUCAACAUCCAUCCAUAUCAAAGAUUUUUGAUGUUUAUUGUUACGACAGUAAAGUUUUUGUUGCGUCGGAGUAUCCCGAACUUCCCUUAGUUGACUUGGAUUUUCACAUAUUCCAUUUCGAUGAGUGGGAAAUUGCCACCAUCAUAAAAGAGGUUCUUAGAGGCUCAGAAUACCUCCUUCGACAGGGGGUAUCGUGUAAAGAUAUCUCAAUGUCAAAUAUACGCCUAUCGAUAAAUGGAGAUAUCAAGAUUGCUCUGAACUUCAACCAGUAUGUGUAUCAGAGAAAGGAGAAGAAUUUGAAUCUAUUGCAUGCCUUUUUGGAUUUACCAAUCCUGGCCGAGAUUGCAGAAGAUAUGAUGCUUCCACGAUACCACAUGGUUGGUGCAAUUAAUAAUGGUUGGUCGCUCGAGGCUUUCCAAUUCCUCUCCCAUUGUAUAUCGGGAACAGUCGAGACAUCCAUUUCUUCAACAAGCUAA